GUGCAUUGGAUUGCAAGCGAGGGCGGCCAAGGGCCACCCCCACCUCUUGCACUGCAGCCGGCAUGUCAUGUCCCUUCGUGUGCCUCCGCCCCGCCCGACACACCGGUGCGCGCAAAAACAGGCACGCACCGCACCGCACCAACGACCCUUCUUCUGAAUAUGUGUCUGUCUCGUCUCUCGCUCAUCCAUCCAUCCAUCCAGUCAUUCAGUCAGUCCGUCACGUCACGAAGAAACUGCUGGCGAGGUGAGGGAAACAGGAGGGGAGAGGGGGGAGCCAAUCCAAUGGAGAGAGAGAUAAAAAGAAGGAAGCUAGGCUAAGAACUGCACUGAUGGAUAUAUGCGAUACGGAGAUGGAUGGGUAGCAUAGCAAGGCAAAGCAAGUGGGUAGGAUACACACACAGGCACCGCACAUGGUACACACACAGACAGACAGACACAUACGUCACACACGGCACGCACGAGUAAGCAAGCAAGCAAGCAAGGCAAUCAUGUCAUGUCAACACAAAACUUCGUUCGUAACAACUGCGACAUUACAUUCCCUCCUCCCCUUGUCCCUCCAUCCCUCCCCUCCCCGCCCCACCAUCCAUAGGAUCAAUCAUCAAGCGGCCUGGCAGCACGAUGUCUGCUGCACGGGCAGGAUGCGCAUGUGCCGACUACUCUGCACACACACAACACAAGGCGAUGGCCAGUGUGUGUGUGGUUGUGUGUGUGUGUGUGUGUGUCUGAGCUGUGUGUCUGGUAUGGUAACCCACCCACCCUGUCGACGGUGCAGACGUCUGUGAGUGGUGGGCUGCUGAUGAGGUCGAUCAGCUUGGUGCAGUGGAACACCGUCUGACACAGCUCACGGUUGAACCUAGUAACACACACACAAACACAUAGCAACACCGCCCGCCACCACAAGUGCGUCCACAUUCCAUUCAUUCCGCCUUGUGUGCGCUCGCCCGCCCGCCCGGUCGGUGGGUCGCUCACUUGGCUUUGAUUUUCCUCUUGAGAGUGGAGAGGUUGAAGCCGUUGGGGUAGAGCACCAGCAGAGUGGCGAGGUAGCGCUUCAGCUCCUCCAGAUCGGUGAUGCAGUCCUUGCCGGCACGCUUCUGAUCAGGGAUACCCUGCCAUGGCCACACACACAACAAACACAAGCCACAAACCGUCUCUCUCUCUCUCUCUCCCUCUGUGUGUGUGUGUGUGUGUGUGUGCGAGUGUGUGUGUACCAGGUUGGCGUAGCAGACGUUGGAACAUGAGGCGACAGGUUUGAGGACGUUGUCCUCGUAUGCCAGCAGCCGCCGCCUCGAGAUCGCCAGCUGCACCAGGUGGCAAUACUCACCCAAACUCAUACCCCUGACAGACACGAACAAACAGACAGACCAAACACCACAUCCAAACCAACACACAUGCAGUGAGAUCAGAUUAUUGUGGCCCUCUUGUGUGUCUGUCUGUCGUUACUUGAAGAAGGGCAGCUCCAUCUUGCGCAAACUCUGAGCCAUCCCAUACCUGACAACACAGCACAGCCACCCACACCAACACAGAGAGAAGAGCAGCCCUCACCAUCAGUCCUUCCGCUAGAGGGCUCUCGUGUGGUGUGCAUUGUGAGAGCUGUGUGAUCUCACCGUCCGCCGACGAAGGAGUAGGCGACGGAGUCUCCACUGGUGAGUCGCUCUCGCAGCCACUGGGCGAAUUCGGUCCACAUGGCCUCGGCGUACUCGUCCUCCUCACUGUUCGGAUCAACCCAUCCCCGGAACCAAACGGGGGUCUCCUUCAGCAACACAGCCUGACCACACACACACACGGAUGGAUGGAUGGAUGAACCUUCUGUGUGUGUGAGAGAGUGUCCCCCGGGCCUCACCUCUUCGUCCUGUCCUGCGGGUGUGAGUACGACAUAGAUGUCGGGGAACAUGCGGUAGACGGUCAUGAACUGGGCCUUGACGAAGGCCGAGGCGCUGAGCUCGUGCAGCCGGCCCUUCAGAUUGAAGUACACCGGCACGAUCCGAUCUCGGUACAGCGACACUAUCGCCUCGUGCAGUGUCGACAGGUCGUCGUUCCGCAGCUGGAACACAGGCACCACCACCGACGGGGACCCGCUCUCACGGCUGCUGGUGCUCCCGGACGCCCCGCUAUGAGUCGAGCCGCCCCUGUUGGCCGACCCAUUGGGACUCGAGAACCGCCCUCGGCUCUUCCUCGGUGACACUGGGGGAGGGGGAGGCUGGGGGUACACGCCGCCAUACGACAGGUGCCUCACCAGAGGGGGUGCAGGGGGGGCGGGGGGCACCAGCUGCCGCUGCGUGGUCGCAUCGUGGUAUGACGGCCUCAGCGUGUCGGGCGAGCACAUGGUCAUAGUCCUCGGACGAUGGACGUGGUGAUGGGACUCGGAAUAGGCCCGAACGAGAGGCGGUGAUGGCUCGGGGAGGAUGCCACACUCGUGAGGCCUGCCAUCAGGGCAAAUCUCACUGGGGUGAGGCGGAGGGGGUGGCGGCUGCGACGGUGGACAGGGCGGCUGGUUGUUGGACGCAUAGACUCGCACGGACAGCGAGGGAGCCAUCACGGCAGCCGGGGGAGAUGGGGAAGGAUGCGGCAUCGAAUUCGAUUCGUCGUUGGACAACUACACCUUUGUCAAGUCGACUCCUCAGCGCGUCAGGCAUGCCCACGGCUCCGCCUCCACGUACCGCGGGUACUUCCGUGGAUAGGCACCGAAAUAGCCGAUCGACGCAAAGGCCAUCAAGACCAUAGUGGACGGCACAGGAUGAGGGCAGGCAUCUUGAGAACAGUCUAGUACAGCGAAGACAGCC